CUAGUGAGAGGCGCUGAUUUGUCUUUCACAUAAUUUUCUGCAGAAGUUUUGUGAAGUGGCCGAGACACAACGCGACCGCAAGUUAAGAAAAACUGUCAGACGGCCUUUGAGGACUAACUUUUUCGCAUUUUGAAAGUGAAGACAGGACGUUUAAUAACGGGACAGGCUUAUGAAUCGAGCCCAUCAUCCUGGACGGGCUGAAAAGUUUCAAGCGAGCGAAAUGAACCGGAGCUUUAAUAAUAAAUCGCAAUCUUUGCGUAGCUUGAACAUGAACGCCGUGGAAGUGAAAAGCAAGUAUGGAGCAGAAUUCCGGAGGUUUUCAGUGGAUCGACUAAAACCAGGCAAAUUCGAUGAAUUCUACAAACUCAUCAUGACCAUUCACCGGAUUGCAAACAUGGAGGUGAUGAUCGGAUACGCUGACGUUCACGGAGACCUCCUUCCUAUCAAUAACGACGAAAACUUCAGCAAGGCCGUGUCCACCGCACACCCCCUGCUGCGGAUCUUUAUCCAGAGACAAGAAGAGGUCGACUACAGCAACUUUGGCACCAGCACUCUGACCCGGAAAAAGAAGGCCGUGGUCACUCUUCGGAAUGACCUGAAUCGCAAACGGCCCCACAUCCGCAUUGGCAUGCCUCAGGACUUCCGUCCCGUGUCGUCCAUUAUUGACGUGGACAUCCUUCCUGAAUCUCACCGGAGAGUACGGCUCUACCGACACGGCUCGGACAAGCCCUUGGGAUUCUACAUCCGUGAUGGAACCAGUGUCCGUGUUACGCCCCACGGCUUGGAAAAGGUCCCAGGUAUCUUCAUUUCCCGUCUGGUACCUGGAGGCCUGGCCGAGAGCACGGGCCUGCUGGCCGUCAAUGACGAAGUCUUGGAGGUCAAUGGCAUCGAGGUGACAGGAAAAACGUUGGACCAGGUGACUGACAUGAUGAUCGCAAACAGCCACAACCUUAUUGUGACCGUGAAGCCGGUGAACCAGCGCAACAACGUGGUCCGCAGCAGUCGUAUCUCAGGCAGCUCGGGUCAAUCAUCUGACAGUAGCGGUUCGGUGGGAUACCCCGCCAUCACCGCUCCCACCGGUGCCACCGCCAUCUCUCAUGGCUACAGUCCAGAGGAUCUGGAGAGUGACGAGGAGUCGGACAUCGUAAUUGAGAGCAACAUGAAGCGGCCGUCACGACGCUCCAAUGCCUCGGUGGCUUCAACUGCAUCCCGAACCCAGACGCAAACGACCACCGUGACCCCACCGAGUCCCCCUACGCGUCCCCAAACGAGGCCGCCGUCCACCGUGUCCACUGCCUCCUUCCACUCCCAACCGAGCUUUAACGGCACAGUGCACAAUAGUUUGAGUUACAAGUUGCACAAGGACCUUACCCUCCAACACCACCCCUACCACAGCAGCAACCCCGCUAUGCGGGAGAGCAACGGCAGCCUACACAAAAUCCUCAGCAGCCUGAGGACAGACCCUCGUCACAGCCUGGCUUUGCCCAGAGGAGGGGUGGAGGAGGAUGGCACAGUCAUCACUUUAUAAUACAUAAAGUCACAUUUAAAAUCCAGCCCUCCCAGAGACUCCGCUUUUCAGCCUGGGACAUCAGACUCGACUUUGAACCUCACCAAACUUUAAGGGUUUUGUAAAAUGAAUAAUUUAACAGAAACAUUAUCUGGAAUUUUACUCUUUUAAAUGUUUGCUUUCCCUGUGUUGUCAAAAAUGUCAAAAAUGUUUCAGAUUUAGUGGUAUGUGUCUCUUUUUCUAAGCAGAGACACUUUUUUUAUCUUGUCUAUCAGUGUUUUUUCAAUUCCUGUUUGAGGUUAAUUUUAAUCAUGUUUCCUAAAUGUCUUUUGGGACCAGAAAUUGGGUUUAGACCUGUGCGUACUGUUGUCUUCUGUUUACGUUUUGUAUCUAAAAACAAACAUUUGCCCCGGUGUCACAGAAAAGCAAGAUUAAUUGGUUUUCAAAUUAUAAAUUUCACUUGUGUCAGCAUUCAAAAAGGCUUUUUGGAAAUUGUGGAAAAAUUUGACUCAUCUCAGUUAAAAUAUCUUAAAAUAUCACUUGUUGUAAGACAUUUACAAUCACGCUGGUCUUGCAGGGUUUCAUUUGACUUGGUUUCUGGUUAUUUUGACUGCAGUGGAGUGUAUUGGGUCAUCACAUGUAGGUAUUUCACACUUUUAUGUCUUCUUAAAGACCUUUUGACUUGAGGAGUCCAGCGGAAUGCGAGUCUGUUGGUUCUGUGUUUAGUCCGUACACAUAUUUCCGUCACCUCACUGUUAAUGAAGCCUCACCUCUGACCUCCUCUCAAAUCCCCACAUCAGAACAGACUGCUAUUCCUUAGUUAAUGGCUUUAUUGUUAAUGUUAAAUCAUUUAAUCACCCUCAAGUUGUUCCAAACCUGUAUGAGUUUCUUUUUUUCUGUUGAACAUGAAAUAAGAUACUCUGAAGAAUGUUGGCAACCAUUUGACAAAGCUACUGACUUCCAUAGAAGUCAGUGAUUACCGUCAAUUAUUUGAUUACCAGCAUUCCUCACAGUAUCAUCGGUUUUGGUCAACAUAAGAAACUUAUACAGGUUUGGAACAACUCGAGGGUGAGUAAAUGACAGAAUUUUCAUUUUUGGUCUCUUUAAGUCCAGUCAAGCUUGAGGUAUUAAACAGAGUCUUACACCAUCCUGUUUUACAUUGGGAACGCACAGUUUAUACCCAGUAAUUAUGUUUAUAGAGCAAGAGUCUGUGGAAUAUUUGCUGUAUAUAAUUUAAAACCACUGUGGACGUACCUUCUUUUUCUUUUAGGUUGACUGUCAUUUUUGUCUUCUUGAACAAAGACUUACCUUCAUAUCCACCAUCUUUGUGCCUUACUGCCCCUCCUACAGACAUGGUUCACUCAAACAGACUAAGUAUUUGGAUCUGACCACUGGAAAUAUUUUCAUUUUGGUAAAAGCAAGGACCUGGUAUAACACGUGCAUGUACGAGUCGAAAUACAUUUGUUGUGAGUCGCCAUCUGCUGGUCACUGACUGAACUGCGUCUCCCAUUUUUUUGUUUUACAUUAAUUCUUUUUCAUUCGUAUCACUGUUCAUGUCUUGGUUCAUCUAUUUGUGUAUCCAUUAACAUUGAAUCAAUCUAAUAGAAAUUCAAAACAAGACGAUUUUAAAGAGAAAGGGUACAACAGAUUAUGUCUUAAGUCAGUGUCAGGACAGUUUCAGUAUCAUGAUUACGGUUUAACGCAAUAAAUUUCAGCAUCGAAAUGAUCCUAAUAGCACGAUAUAUUCGUCAAGCAGUCAAACCACAUUUAAAAUAGUAGCUUAAAUCCCUUUCAAUUCAAAAACUACAUGUGAAUAUUGUCUAUAUUGUUUUUACUGAUGUCAAUCGUUUUUUAAAAAAUGCAUAAUAAAAUUCUGAA